AUGGUUCCCGGAUCGCAGGAUAACUCUGGCGAUGCUCUACUCAUAGACAUCGACUCCAACGCCACACCAACCUGCACAUAUGUUCCAAAACAGUUAUCCAGAGAAGAACUCACAAAGCUUCUACCUGAAAAAUGGAUAACUAAUUAUGAACAGAUCCACCAAGCACCGGUUCAGACAACCACAACCCCUGACUUUGUCCGCCACCAGGAUGGACAAGUUGAGGUCAGAUUUGCAAGACAAGAUCGAAGAGAAAUUAUCUCUACGAUAAGCAUGUUGCAACCGGCAGAGGAACCACACUUCCCGUUCGAUGUAUGUGACUACCAGGAAUGCCUGGAUGACGCAUACGAACUUGAGUACAAGGAGGAAACCAAAAGGAAAAAGAAAAAGGGAUCCCAAAAUGCCCUGAAGAAAAGAUAUGAGGCUGGAGAUCCAAAUGUUGGUCUGCUUGGAGAACCAUCAGGAAAGUUUGAUUACUAUGUCCUGUAUGGUGAUUCAAAACCAAAACCUAAACAGACACAACCCUCCAGACCGAGACAUCCACCUACCCAGGUAGAUGAGUGUUGUAUGCUCGGGACAACACCUCCGUUUCCUUCCUCCCCGGAUUACCAAGUUGAGUUCCCACCCUUAACCUCUUUCGAGAACACCCAACAAAAAACCAAACAUAGCUGGAAAAUCAAGAACCCAACAACCGUUGGUGCAACCGGUGUUCCUGAGUCAAUAACAGCUGCUGAAGCCACUCUGAAUUGGCAAAGUGAAAAUGCUGUUGCCCAAAACAAGGCUCUCAACGCCAUCUUAGCUCAGCAAAACAAUAUCACAAAGGCUCAUGAAAAUCUAACAAGCAGAGUUCAAGAGCUAGAAGGUAUCAUCUAUGAGGUCAGAGCCAAAAUACUUGAGCUACAUCAUGAACUCCUCGAGCUAGUUCAAAACUCCUCAGGACCACAACUUCCACAAGGUCUCCAGCAAAAGGAAGCCUAA